GAUAAGGGGUGGAUAACAAGUGGGAAGGUUUCUUAUCACUAGUGUGCUCUUUAAUUUUUCUUUAAAAAUCAAAUGGGUCUUUGUUUUAUCAUAAAUUAUUAAAUUAAUUAAUAAUAAUUUUAGUCAAGUAACUGUUUAAGGAUGAACGUAUCAGGUCGAUUUAUAAUAGCGUCGAACCGGUCCUUGACGAGGCGGAGGCAAAGCACACACACAGGCGGCUCAGGGAGGGGUGGACUCUUCCGCAGGAUAUGGGACAGCUGGAUACCAAUACCAACUGGAGUCGGGCUCACGCUGCUCGGCGUACUACAGCUAAGAAGGAUGGACAGGGAGCGUAAGAGGGACCGCGAAGAAGAGCUCUGGGAGAUGAAGGUCUAUAAAAUGUUGCCGCUGAGGAGCCUGUCACGAGGAGCUGGUGUUAUCGCCGAGUUCCCCAUACCGGAAUUGCUCAGGAAGCCGUUGUUCUCCACAUACUCGAAAUUGUUUGGAGUCGAUGUUGCCGAGAUGUCUGAGCCUUACGACAGCUUCUGCUGCUUUGCAGACUUCUUUACGAGGUCGCUCAGGGACGGAUGCAGGCCUCUGGCCGACUCGGCAAUCGUGUCGCCGGCUGACGGACGGGUCAUGGCAUCGUGCAAGGUCAGGUCAUUCAAGAUUGAACAGGUGAAAGGCGCAACAUACUCGAUUCAGGAGUUCCUCGGGAGGCCGCCUCAUAACGAAAAAUAUUUCGAGGUCAGCUUCGAUAGUCAGAAAGUUCCAUACAAGAGCACGUGGAAUGAGUACAAACACCAGCUCCUGAAAAACCCCAAAAACGAGCUGUACCAAUGUGUCAUCUACCUUUCGCCCGGCAACUACCAUCGGUUCCAUUCACCAGCCGACAUCAGGGUCAAUUUCAGGAGGCACAUACCUGGUUACUUGAUGUCAGUGAACCCAAAGAUAGCUGGGAUUCUACCGGGGCUUUUCAGCAUGAACGAAAGGGUCAUUUACACAGGUGAGUGGCAGGAGGGAUUCUUCUCGCUCACGGCAGUCGGCGCAACAAACGUAGGCUCGAUACGGGUAUACAAGGACGAUGCGCUGACAACGAACAGACAGAACGAGACGUCACCCCUUGACCGGGAGCUGAGCUUCACAUGGAGGAAGGGUGAAGAGAUCGGCGAGUUCAGGAUCGGUUCGACAGUGGUCCUACUCUUCGAAGCGCCGCCCGACUUCCAAAUGGACAUGGCGCCAAAUGACACAGUUAGAGUCGGCAUCGGGUUGUCUAAGAACUACUGACUGUCACUGAUGACAGACAUCGAUCUCACCAUUUUUUUUGCCGAUUUGUGAAUAGCUCAAUUGAAGGAAAAAAUAAGACAAUUUAUUUUUUAAAUCUUUUAAAAUUAAACAUUUCAAAAGUUCCUUUAAA